AUGGUGGCCGACGAUACUUACGAGAUCUGCCUGCCUAUCCUCGAAGAUGCUACCCUAGAGGACGAAGACAAGACGGAUAAAUUGGAGGACUUACUAAAGAAUGAAACUACAAUGACAGGAACAGUUUUGGAGAAUGCUGUGUUGGAUGUAUUAUGGCGAUAUCGCGAGAGCGCUGCGAAUGCCGCUAACUCACCACCCGCAAUGCGACAUACAGUCUUGCGUCGCCCAUCCCCUGCUCCAUGGCAGAUUCCACGUGGUGGAACACCAUUAUCUUCAUCCCCUCGUCUUGGAGUCAGUCCCCUUGCUCCUCAUGGAUUUAUGCCGCAAUCAUUUUCUCGAACAAAGUCUAUCCAGGGUUCCCCUUUUACCUCACCGCGACCCUCCCCACGCCUCGCAUUUUCCAGCCCUGCGAUCCCUCAUAGUCCAAAUCUGAACGCGUACGAGUUUCCGACUGAUACCAGCCCUACGCAAGACAUAUAUGGAGAUUAUGGAAGUGAAAAUGUAGACUGGCUUGUGAAUGAUGAUGCCGUUAGUAUCACAUCAUCGUCCGUCGGCGGAAGUGGCCUCAACGCUGCAGCUGCUGAAUACAUUUCGCCCCAACAAAGCGACAUGAGCUCUCAUGAAAUGUUACGGUCAAUUUUUGGCCCCUCGAAAUCAGUUGAAGAAAUCGAAGCUGCACUUGCUUUACACGGAUACGACUUGAGCGCUACUAUUGCUGCUUUCAUGGAUAGUCAAUCUGCCGAAGCUGCAGUACAAGCAGAUGGAGAUGGUACCAAAGCCAUUUUAAUUGGUAAGUCAAUGGCAGCGGACGUACCUCGACCGAAUACUCCGGCUGGGCAACAACGAAGUGGUGUUGUCUGUCGAUUUUGGUUGUCUACUGGACAAUGUCUUCGUGCGGAUUGUAGAUUUAGCCAUGAUUUAAGUAAUCACAUUUGCAAGUAUUGGGUCAUGGGCAAUUGCCUUGCGGGAGAUACAUGUAUCUUUAGUCACGAUCCCUCAUCGUUUAUGAGCCGACUCUCUCUCGAAGGAGGUAGCACGCCCCCAACUUCAAAUGCACAACCUAGUUUCCAGUUCCAAGAUUACAAUGCAUUCCCGUCUUUACAAUCAAUGCAAGAGCAGUGGCCAAACUCUUAUUCGUCAACAAAUGCAUUCAGCAACUAUCAACAAGGCGGCUUCACUCCACCGCCCGGUUUCAAAAGUCUGCAAGGUUAUAACAGUGAUGGAAGCCAGCGAUCUCGGCCAAGUAGUCGAGCUAGAGAUGCUCCCGCAGCUCCAGCUCUUGAUGACACAGAAGCAUUUCCAUCGUUGGGCGCUGUGAGUACAAAGGGCAAAAAGCAUCACGGGAAACGAGGUGGUCAUGGGCACAACCACAAAGAAAACAACAGCCCCAGCUCCCUUGCCGAUGUAGUAAAGCUAUCCCCUUUACCAGGCCCUGGUAUGAUGCAAGAAAAGAAAAAGAUUGGCAGAAACGGUAGCUCCAAUAACGUUCGCAAUGGCGAGAACAGCGCUGCUGCACAAGCUAUAUCACCCCCUCAACACAUUCCGUGGUUAGAAACAGGAGAAAGAGCCAAUAAAGCAUACCUCAAAGCCAGACAAGAUGCAAUCAAGCAUGGUGGUUUGAGGAACAAAUUCUUACAAAGUGCCGCUCAAGCUUGGAACCGUAAUGAUGCACGUGCUGCAAAAGCACUUAGCCUUCGUGGUCAAAGUGAGAACGAUCUCAUGAGGAAAGCACACCGAGAAGCAGCUCGUGAGCUUUACGAAGAACGUAACAAAAGCAACUCCCCAAACGCCGAGCUUUACGUUGAUUUGCAUGGCCUUCAUCCCGAAGAGGCUGUUGAAUACCUUGAGCGCGUCCUUCUAGACAACAGCAAAGAAUCAAGACCCGUUUACGCUAUCACAGGUACAGGUCAUCAUAGCAAAAACGGCAAAGAUAAGGUUGGCAAAGCCAUUCGUACAUUCUUGAACGAAUGGAGAUACGCAUACCGCGAAUUUUCAGUCCCUGGUGAUAGAAACAACGUGGGUGGUAUUUUGGGCAUUGACGCUCGAUCUUAUGACAAGACUUUGUCUAGGGAAAGCAAUGGCGCAGAUGGUUCGAAGGAAGAAGUUGAUAUCUUGAGUCAAGGUCAUGAGAUCGGUGGUGGUAAAAUCAAGCUUCUAGUACGAAACCAAGAUCGAAGUCAAGAUGUUCCUAAAGGACCUAGCGGUAAAGGUCGAUGA